AUGUCUUCCAUUAUCUUUAAUCCAUCCAUGCUGACUGCAUCUCCUUCCCCAUCUCCCUCACCCAAACCUGAGGAGCGCCCACUAGAGGGUGGCAAUGUGUCCAUUGACGAUACCACUAUUGAUGAUGCGGCUCCGAAGGAGCCUGAGGAGUCUGAGUCCGACCGGGUGGAACGCGCUUGGGCCGCCAUGCUCAAUACCAUGCGCGUUUGCGUGGACACUGCUCCUCCCUCCAAGCUGGAGCUCUUGGAGGAGCAGGAAUCUUGGCUCCGCGAUUGGAAUGUUGUGAUGGGCAAAAUUGCCACGAGGACGCUGACAAGAGCCAUGAAGGCAUGGAAGGAGAAGGUGGAAGAGUCUGCGGUGACUGCGCGCCUGGCAUGCACAGACAAAGGGAAGGGUAAGGAGGUCGUUGCGACAGAGGAGAAGACAGUUGAGAAGGCACGUUUGACCGCGACCUCGUCUGGCUGCCAAGUGCAGUCGUCGUUCAUGCAGGCGGGCAGUUGCGAAGCGUGCAUCAAAGCACGAAAAGGCUGUUCGUUUGUCGCAGCUAAGAACAAAGGACGUGCGCCGGCUGCGCCCAAGCUGCAAGGCGCCGCCCUCCAUGCAAAUGACUGCACCAGACGCUGCAAUGACAAGUACCAUCUGGCGCUCCUCGACAUGCACCAACACAUGCGCAUCCAGGAGUCUGAGUUGCUCCACAUGAGCAACUGGCUCUAUAUCUUGGCACACGACUGGGGGAAUUGGGAGAAGGAGCUUGGGGAGGUUUUAAAGGAUUAA